CCGCGCAUGCGCAGUGACGGCGCGGGGCGGGGGGGGGGAAGCCGGUUUCCGGGCGCCGGCGGGGCCGCCCUUCCCUUUCUGCUCGCGGGCGGCCAUCAUGGUGUUCAAGCGCUUCGUCGAGAUUGGCAGAGUUGCCUUCAUUUCUUUCGGGCCGCAUGCUGGCAAGCUGGUGGCCAUCGUGGAUGUUAUCGACCAAAACAGGGCACUAGUUGAUGGCCCCUGCAGUGGUGUCAGAAGGCAGGCUAUGCCGUUCAAGUGCAUGCAGCUGACUGACUUUGUUCUCAAGUUCCCACACAGUGCUCGUCAGAAGUGUGUGCGACUUGCCUGGGAGAAGGAAAAUAUAAAUGAAAAAUGGGCAGCCACAAGAUGGGCAAAGAAGAUUGAAGCCCGAGAAAAGAAAGCCAAAAUGACUGACUUCGACCGCUACAAGGUUAUGAAAGCAAAGAAAAUGAGAAACAGGAUCAUCAAGCACGAAAUGAAGAAGCUCCAGAGGCUGGCUUCUAAAAAAGGCAAGAAGCCAGAGAAACCAGAGAAGUCAGAGAAAUCAGAGAAGCCAGAGAAGGCACAGAAGUCAGCGAAGGUGCAGAAGGCCCAGAAGGUGCAGAAAUAAAAUGAACUUCUAGUUAUGUAUGA